AUGUAUAGAAUUAAAUAAGGUUAAAAAAUUUGUAAUCCUGUUUAGGAUUUUCCUUCUAGAAGUUUUUAGAUUAAGUCAUAACUUGGAAAAGGAGAAGAAGGUUAAGUUUAUUUGGCAAAACCAGAAAAUUGGAACAAGAAUUUUGAUGUUGCUUUAAAAAUUUAAGAAUCAGUCAAUGAAACAGAAUAUGAUUUUAUAACAAAGUUGAUAGAUAUAUAAAACAACAGAGAUGAGUUAGGAUCAUAAACCUAUAGACCUACAAAUAUAAUUAGAAUAUUUGAUUUAUUUAAUUACUAAGGUCUAACUAUUUAGGUGAUGGAAGUCGGAGAUUUAAAUCUAUUUGAAUAUAUGAAGAAAAAUUAAUAAACACUAAGUCAUGAAUAGAAAAUGUAAAUUUGUUAUCAAGUAUAUAUUUAAUUAAAUUAAGUUACUUAAUGCUAUUAGCUAUAUUCAUGAGAAAGGAUUAAUACAUAGAGAUAUAAAAGGAGAAAACUUUAUUUUAGUAGGGAAGGAAUUUAAACUUAUUGAUUUUGGGUUAUUAAGUGUAAAGAAUAGAUUGAUGACUUCAAAGGGUGGGACUAGAAUAUUUUAAGCUCCUGAAUUAUUAGAAUCAGAUAAAGGAGAAUUAUAUACAUAAGCAAUAGAUACUUGGGCACUUGGAUGUGUAUUUUAUGAAAUUUUUGGAGAGUAAGAAUUAUUUCCCUGUCAUAAAAUGUCUGUAUCACUUGAUUUAAUCAAAAAUCAUAAAAAAGAUUAAAAUUAUAUAUACUCUAUUAUUGAUAAUUUAAAAGUAAGUUAAUAAUGGAAGGAAUUAAUAAAAUAAAUGCUUCAUCCCAAAUAAAUGUCAAGAAUUAAUGUGAAGGAUUGUAUGAAAAAAGUUAAACUUUUUAUAUAAUUAGAGUCAGAUCCAACUAUGAUUAAAACAUUGAAUAAUUUAAAAAAGAAAGAAUAAAAGAAUGAUUAGGAACUAUAAUAAAAUGAUUUUCUAAUUAUUUAGCAAAUAUAAGAAUAAGAAUUUAACAACACUAUUAAAGAAAAAAAUUAAACGAUUAGAUAAUUAGGAACUUAAAUCAGAAAUUUUGAAGAAUAAAUAGAAGAUUAAAAGAAUAAAAUUUAUACCUUAGAGAAAAAAAUAAGUAAAUUAGAAACAGAAAAUAAAAAUUUAAAAUAAUAAAAUGAGGAGUCUACAAAUAGAAUUAGGUAAUACGAAGAUUAAAUUUAAAUGUAAUAUAUAAAUUAAAAUAAGAGCAAUUUACAAAUUUAAAAUUAUAUGAAUUAGUAAGCAAAUAGUUUCAUGAAUUAAUAAGCACAAUCUUUUUUUUAAUAGAAAUAGAUUUUAGAAAAUGAAAUAUAAAUACUGAAAAAAAAAAAUUUGGAAUUAGAAGAUAAACUUAAAUCUAAUAUAUUUGAUAGUUCUAAAUCAAAUUAAGAAACAAUUCAAGUCAAACUAAAAAAUCAAAAUGUCGAAUAAAACUCCAUAAUAGAGUAAGUUAAAUUUUUGGAAAAAUUAAUUGAAAAUGAAAAGAAUGAGAUUACAAAUUUAGAAUAAUCAUUAAAAAAUUUUUAAGCAAUCCAAAAAAUCUUAAAUUUUAAUAAUAUAAUGUUAAAUUCAUAAAUAAUUGAUUUAGAAAAACUUAUAUAAGAAAAAAAAUCAAAGAAUUAAAAUUAUGAAAAAAUCUAGUUAGAAAUUUAAAAAUUAGAUCAAUAAAAAAUAUAAUCACCUUAAUUUUAAAUUUAGGAUCCUUAAUUAUAGCAGUAAUAAGGUAUGUUUUAUACAUAAUAAGAAAAAAUUUAUGGUUCUCAAGAAGAUUUUCUUCAAAAAUAAUAUAAAUAAUUGAAUUAACAAUAAAAAGUUCCAACAAUGCCUUAAAUAUAAUAGAUAUAAUAAAAUUAAAAUAAUAUUUUGAGACCAUAAUUUAACUAAGGAUCAAAUCUAUAAUUAAAUUUGAUAAAUCCAGUUGUUUUCAAUGCGGGAUAAAACUAAAUUUAGCAAUAAUAGAAUUUUAUUAUUUGA